CGCGCUUUCGGCCGACUUCAGUGUACGUUUGGCUCGCGCAGAGUGCGGAUUGCAGUUCGAUUCGGCUUAAUCAGCCCAGUGCUUUUAGCGUAGUUCAUCCGUAGGAUUACUCUGCCGCAGAUCUGGCCGAUAAGACUUGGCAGCACAUCAGGACCCAAUCCUGUAGGCCCUAACCCUAACUAAAUUAUCGGGCGAGUUAAUUGGCAGCCCGAGAGUUGCGAAAGUCGUAAUGACGGUGCCAUUCAUCUGGCAUUUAGCUCGAUUCCCGUUCGCCGAUCGCUUUGCCGUGCUAAAGUCUGUAAUAUUUGGUUAGUGCGGGUUGCCAAAAAGUUAAACAGAACAGAAAGUACGGUUCAUUUGCUAAAUACACGGGGCCAUUCAAAUAUCCCGACUCAAUUUAAGAGUGUGUGUGGGCGUGUGUUUGUAUGUGUGCGCUCAGUGAGUGAGAUGUGUGGCAAGUUUCAUUUAUUGGCAGCCAGCAACUGAUUUGAAUAUUCACUCGCACACUCAUACCCGAAAGGAUCUGUGCUGCCAAAAUACUAGACCAGAUUGUGGCUCCUGUGUCGCCCGUGCAUAAGUGUGUGUGCAGCAUGAUUUAUAGGUCCUGCAGCAGGCGUGAUGUAAAGUGACAAUUUCUGGUAAUUUUCGAUUUACAUGCCGUUGUGCAUUGGACAGACGACGACCAAGUUGAAAGUUCAAUAAACCCACACAGAAGAGGGACAUCGUUACUAUAGCAAAGAUGCUCUUCAAGUGGCUCCUGUUCAGCCUGUGCAUAAUGCCGGCCAUGUUCAGCAAUACGAGGAGGAAAUGCCCCACUGAAUGCCAAUGCAGCAUGGACGACUUGGAUCGUUAUCAGGCCAUCUGCACAAAAGGAGGCCUGAAUUCACUGCUGUCGCCAAAUGAGUUGGACGUCGAUGUUAAAGUUAUUAUCAUCCGUGGACCCCGGAAUUCCAUUACAAUCGGUCCGGCGCUGCGGCAGUUCAUGAAACUGGAGAUACUCCGCAUCACCGACUCCAAUCUGCCGGCAAUAGGCGCGGAGUCGUUUUGGGGCCUCAAAUAUCUGCGGAUAUUAGAUCUGUCCAAGAACAAUAUAACCAAUAUCACAGAGAACAACUUUCGAGGACAGGACAACCUACUGGAAUUGGACUUAUCGAAAAAUAAAGUUUUACGCAUGGCCAGUUCAACGUUUCGCCAUUUGACGGAUCUGCGUUGCCUUAAUUUGGCCGACAACUCCAUUGUGGAGCUCGUGCAGCGCAACUUCUUCAUGCUGAGUAGACUCAAGUAUCUGGACCUCAGCGGAAAUCCGCUGCAGGAUUUACAGCCGGAUGUGUUUCGCGAUGUGCCGGAACUCAAAGUGCUCAAGUGUCGCAAUUGCCAGCUGAAAAAAAUCAAUCCGCAGAUGUACAAUUUAUUGCCGCUUUUAAGCGAAUUGGAUUUGGGACGCAACGAGUUCAAGUUUCUCGACAAGGAUGAAUUCCGCGAUGUGAAGCGACUGACCAAAGUUCUGCUGGAUGGCAAUCAAUUGUCCGUGGUGGUGGACCAACUCUUUCGCAUGCAGAAGAGUCUUAAUCAUCUGGAUUUGUCGUACAAUCGGUUGGCCAAAGUGCCCAAUGACUCGUUCCUGCAGCUGACCAACUUGACCUUCCUGGACUUGUCCUACAACAAACUGGUUCGUCUGGAGCCGCAGUCCAUCAGAAGUUUGAGCAACCUGCUGACGCUCAACAUAAGUGGCAAUGUGCUGAUGGAUCUUAGGGAGAUGAGUGAAACCUUUGAGCUCAUUCCCCAGCUCACCCACCUGGCGAUUGCGGAUAUGGGCACAAUGCCCGUUGGUCUACUGCAUCCCUUCAAGCAACUGAGAUAUCUCAAUAUCUCCGGCAAUUCCUUGAACAACACGGCAUUGGAGGUCAUCGAUCCGUGUCGAGAACUGGAGUUUUUGGACUUAUCUCGGAAUCAAUUACACGGCAUCAGCGAGGACACGGCCCUCAGGAUCCAAGGCAUACGCAACGUGCGACUCGACAACAAUCCUUUGAUAUGCGACGAGUGUCACAUGGGGAAAUUGAUAAAUGUCGUGCGACAACUGCAGUGGAAAUGGGAUACCUAUCCCAUUUGCUUCCUGCCGAAGAGUCUUCGAGGUGCAGAAAUAAAUAAUUUGGAUAUCAACGGGCUGCACACGUGCUUGACUUUCAUCACCGACGAGGAGCAAAAUGCCGCCAGCACAUCAUAUAACUUUCUUGAGCACGGUGGUCUCAAUACUCUGGCCAUUCUGGGUGGCAUCAUCUUUGUGCUAAUUGCCGUAAUUAUACUGUCCUUGGUUGCCUGCUUUUCGAAAAAUCGGGCUCGCUACUACACGAGGGAGGACCACCUGAAUGGCAGCGAGAGCAAGUGCCUGGAAAAAAAUCUGGAGGCGACCACGAUUACAACGCUGGGUAAUGGCAGCUCGCCCACCACGACGACCACGCUGACCCUGGCCACCUCCCCGGCGGCACCAAAUGGUCCAAAGACGAAUGGACAGGGCCUGAGCCUGAGUCCUGCCAACGGCAGCACGCCCGUUCACGGAAUAUCCGAGGACAAGGGCAAAGAAAUCAACUUCACCUUUCCCGUGGACGAUCGCGUCUGCACCAUUGACGAGCUGAUGCCACCACCACCACCGCCUCCGCAGCAGCAUCCGCAUCCCAAUAUGGGCAGCCUGAUGUACAGUGUGUCGCACUCGCCGAGCUCGGCUACAACCCUGGCAGCUGUGGCAGCGGCGGCGACUGUUAUUCCGCCAGGAGCCCCCUCUCACUCGCCCAUGCCCACGCCCACACCCACUCCCGCCGAGGCUGUGGUCGUGGUCCUGCCCCCACCACCGCUACCACCGCAACAGCACCACCACCAGAUGGACGGCAGCUUGGCCAGCCUGCGGGAGGUGCAGCAGCAGCUGGUCCAUCUGAGCAGCACGCUGGAGCCGCUGGUCAGCGUUAACUGACCCAGGGGCCCAUCGGGAGCCACCGCGUCCUCAUCAGCUACGAAGUUUGCCCAGCAAACAGUCGGCACGACACCGACGUAAGCCGCCGGAGAGUUGGACUUGCAGUGUGCAACGGGACGACGGGGCGUAUAAUUAAUGGCCAUGCGGGGUCACAUUGAAGUGCAGUAAUUAGGAUUUGAGUUCGCAAUUAAGUUCAUUAAUCACUCCAGGCGAUCAUCAUCAAAUAUGGCCUUUCCCCGAAGGAAUACGCCAUUAUUCCAUACUGCCAUUUUCACAAUUAACGAACUUUACCAGUGUUUCACUAAGAUACUUGUAACUUAAUUUUAAUGUUUUUUAUAUGCGCAUCUGUAUAUAAAAUUGGUCUAAAUUUAGGUAAAGUAUAACGACACACACGAUUCAUUUCGACACAUUUCAAAUGUGAUAAAACCGAGCGUAUUCUGUAAAUAAGUAUUAAGGCAAGCGAACCAUAACAACUAAGGUGUAAAAUGUGUAUGUGAAAAAAGACGAACUUGUAUAUUUGGCCAAUGCGAUUCAAAAUUGAGCAGCCGCUGUUUGAGAAUUUAAAAGUAAACAUUAAUAUAGCACGUAGUUAGUGGCAUAGAUUUCCAAGACACAUACAAAACCUAUAUAGAACUAGCGUGUAAGGCAUGUCAAAGUAUAUUGUUCAAACCCAAAAGCAGCAGAAGUCGGCAAUCAUUUGAAUGAAACCCAACUAGAAGCCCAAACGAUUUUCGGUUCUCCCCUCGAAUCAAUAACAGAACUUGGCAUUUUCACGUAUCCUUAAGUCGGAAAAUUGUAUUUAUUUUACACAGCAAUAACCGUAAUCCAUAAUAAAGUGUGACUGUUUAUGAAACCAAA